AUGAAGUUCAAACUCACCUUCGCAAUUCUUCUUGUCGUCUUUGGCCUCGGUGAGUGACUACAGUGAAGGUUGGUUGGAGAAGAAUGAAAAUACAAUAAGAAUAUUGAGGAAUCUCGGGUAUAUAUAGGCGGUCAGUUAAUCGAAUCAGAUAGGAAUGGGAUGGUUAUUGGAAUGGGAUGGGAAUGAGCAUUUCCGUCUUCUCCGAUACUUUUACUAUCUUUUUUACUAUUUCAGUGAACGCCGAAGGUGUUCCUUGUCUCCCCGGAUGUUCCUGCGAUUUCGUGCCUGAUCCGAUUAUUCGGUGCGAUUAUGGAAAUUUCACAGAUUUCCCCCUGCCGAUCACUCUUCCGAGACACAACAUCACCAUCCUCGCGCUGACCUGCAAUGACAUCCGCACACUGCCCAGUGUCCGACUGAUUCUCGAAGCUUUCCCCGACCUGCACGGUAUUGAUCUUCAAGGGAACGACAAUCUCAACUGCUCCUCGUUGGAGCAGUUUGAGGGAAAGAUCGCAGUGCUGUCUGACUGCCGUGCCAAGACUGCUCACGUCUGCAACCGAUCUCUUGUGUCCGGACAGAUUACACGCGGGUUUCGACUCGGAGAAUUCGGUACGAUUAUGACUGGCCCAGAAAACUUCCUUGACAAACUGGUGAGUUUCUAUAUCUCUUAAUGUUUUUCUCAAUUACUGAUCGAUUUUCAGUUUGAUUCGAAAGCCACCACCGACACCAACCGCCUCAAGAAACUGUGGGAGUCUACGAAACAGAUCACCUCGGACCUGAAGCUGGAUCAACUUCUUCGCCAGGCCAAAUCGAAAUUCAAUACAAUUUUCCAGAAAUAA